AUGAUAUAUACAGAUAGUUGUUGUUGCUGCAUCGAGCUAAGAACCGGAUGCAUUAUGAUAGCCAUUAUAGACGUCAUAUUGCAUGGCCUCGAUCGUUUCUUUGUGGAUCGUGAUUCCAUGCUGGGCUUUGCUUCUCUCAUAAUCAGCGGCAUUUAUGUUGGCUGUUGCGUUACUUUACUUAUUGGUUGCCUCUUGUCCUUUCGCUGGCUUUUGUUACCUUAUAUUUAUGUGGCACUGUUGCACAUUCUCAUCUUAGUCUGGGAAUGCAUCUAUGUGGUGACUGUGGAAGACUUCUAUGAUUUUGUAAUCUUUGAUAUAAUACAAACGAUUCUCAGCUUGUAUUUCUGCCUGAUCGUCUACUCAUACUAUCAUACAUUGCUCUAGUGCGCUUGACUACUAUCAAGACUAACACAGAUCUCAGAUAAAGUAAUUGCUAAUAACAAGUAAAUAUCAAAUUGAACAUGGUGCUUCUGAAGAAGGGGUUUGUUUGUCUCAAUCUGAAGGUGUCAUGUCUAUUUAUUGCAAUUGCUGAUGUCAUUUUCUGUACUAUUGCGUCUCUAAUAUUUCAUGGUGCUUUGAGCGAGAUCACUUGGAGUGUUUUCACAGUACUGCAACUUCUGGUGUCUGUUUUACUUGUGUUUGCCCUGGGCUAUGAAUCUUAUAACUUUUGCAUACCAUAUUUAAUAAACACAUUUGCGCGUUUAUGUUGGACCACAGUUCUUUUGCUUGUACAAUUUUAUGAUUUACUAAGUUAUGGGACUUUGGCCAUGGCAACUUUUAUUCUGGUUUUUGAUACAUACUUCUGGUUUCAUGUUUACUCGGUUUAUUUGAUUUUUGGAGGAGAAGCGCUGUGCUGGGUCUAAGCUAUAGUUCAAUAAUACUUACAACGUAUUUAAAUGUAAACUUUAAAUUAAUAAAUUAGUGCUCUGAAGAAUA